UCUCAUCUCACCGACCUUCCGCGAUCAAUCCUCUAACGCAGUCUCCUUUGUUCCAUUGAAAGACCAUUCAAGGCUCACCGACGCAAUCCUCCGAAUCCUAGAGAGAGAAAGAGAGGGAGAGGAGAGAGAAAGUCGCUGGAAACCCAGCAUCAAAUGGAGAUCGCACCGGCGGUGUCGGCUUCGAAAGACGGCGGCGACAGGGACACCAUCGCCUCCUCUGUCGACGGCCUCAAGCACUCUUCUUCUUCUUCAUCUUCUCCGCGUGGUGCGCCUGGUAAGGAGGCUAACAACACCGUCACGAGCAAGUAUGACGACGACGAUGACGAGGAGGAUGUGUGUCGGAUCUGCCGGAACCCUGGCGAGCCCGAUAACCCCCUCCGGUACCCGUGCGCGUGCAGCGGAAGCAUUAAAUUCGUUCACCAAGACUGCCUUCUUCAGUGGCUCAAUCACAGCAAUGCUCGCCAAUGCGAGGUCUGCAAACAUGCAUUCUCAUUCUCCCCUGUUUAUGCGGAAAAUGCUCCAGCAAGGCUUCCCUUUCAGGAGUUUGUAAUUGGGAUGGCUAUGAAAGCAUGCCAUGUUCUGCAAUUCUUUUUGCGCCUUAGUUUUGUACUUUCUGUUUGGCUUCUCAUAAUUCCCUUCAUCACAUUUUGGAUAUGGCGGUUGGCUUUUGUGAGGAGUUUUGGUGAAGCACAGAGACUCUUCUUGAGUCAUAUCUCCACUACAGUUAUUCUUACUGAUUGUCUGCAUGGGUUUCUGCUCUCUGCUAGCAUUGUCUUUAUUUUUCUUGGGGCAACUUCUCUGAGGGAUUACUUUAGACAUUUGCGGGAGCUUGGAGGUCAGGAUGCUGACAGAGAAGAUGAAGCUGACAGAAAUGGUGCUCGUGCUGCAAGAAGACCUCCUGGACAAGUGAACAGGAAUUUUGCAGGUGAUGGAAAUGCUGAAGAUGCUGGUGGAGCACAAGGGAUUGCAGGAGCUGGACAAAUAAUCAGAAGGAAUGCAGAAAAUGUUGCUGCCCGGUGGGAGAUGCAGGCUGCUCGUCUUGAGGCUCACGUUGAACAGAUGUUUGAUGGUCUAGAUGAUGCUGAUGGUGCAGAGGAUGUACCCUUUGAUGAGCUAGUUGGCAUGCAGGGACCUGUUUUUCAUUUGGUGGAAAAUGCAUUCACUGUUCUCGCAAGCAAUAUGAUAUUCCUUGGUGUUGUUAUCUUUGUGCCCUUUUCACUAGGACGGAUCAUACUGCAUUAUGUGUCGUGGCUUUUGCCAUCUGCUACUGGUCCAGUGCUGUCAACAGUCAUGCCACUUACAGAGUCAGCCCUCUCGUUAGCUAAUAUCACAUUGAAGAAUGCAUUAACUGCCGUUGUGAAUUUGACAUCUGAAAAUCAGGAGAACAGUUUGCUUGGCCAGGUUGCAGAAAUGUUGAAAGUAAAUGCUAGCGGACUGAACGAUGUCUCAAACAACAUCAGCGCACCACUUUCUACAGAUAUCUUGAAAGGGGCAUCUGUUGGAACAUCACGGCUGUCUGAUGUUACGACUCUUGCCGUUGGCUAUAUGUUUAUAUUCUCUCUAGUUUUUUUCUACCUAGGAAUUGUUGCACUGAUUCGAUACAGUAAAGGUGAGCCUUUGACUAUGGGGAGGUUCUAUGGUAUUGCUUCAAUAGCAGAAACAAUUCCAUCCCUUUUCAGGCAGUUUGUGGCUGCAAUGAGGCAUUUAAUGACCAUGAUUAAAGUUGCUUUCCUUCUGGUCAUUGAACUUGGAGUCUUCCCGUUGAUGUGUGGUUGGUGGCUAGAUGUUUGUACGAUAAGGAUGUUUGGGAAGUCAAUCACUCAAAGAGUAGAAUUCUUCUCAGUUUCUCCAUUAGCAAGUUCGUUGGUUCAUUGGGUUGUAGGAAUCCUUUACAUGCUACAAAUAAGUAUAUUCGUCAGCCUUCUUCGAGGGGUUUUGCGCAAUGGAGUUCUCUACUUUCUUCGAGAUCCUGCUGAUCCAAACUACAAUCCAUUCCGUGAUCUUAUUGAUGAUCCCGUGCACAAGCAUGCUCGGAGGGUUUUGCUGUCUGUUGCUGUCUAUGGGAGUCUAAUAGUGAUGCUGGUAUUUUUACCAGUUAAACUUGCCAUGCGAAUGGCUCCGUCUGUUUUCCCACUUGAUAUUUCUGUAUCCGACCCAUUUACUGAAAUUCCUGCUGACAUGCUGCUUUUUCAAAUCUGCAUUCCAUUUGCAAUUGAGCAUUUUAAGUUGCGGACAACUAUAAAGUCCCUUCUCCGCUAUUGGUUCACUGCUGUUGGCUGGGCACUUGGUUUAACUGAUUUCUUACUGCCCAAACCUGAAGACAAUGGAGGCCAGGAAACUGGAAAUGGGGAGCCAGUGAGGCAGGAUAGACUACAUGUACAGCAAGGUGCACAAGAUCGGGCCCUCGUAGGACUUGCAGCCCCAGAUAAUUUGAACAGAGGCAUGCAUGGAUCAGGGAGCACUAAUACUACUGAAGAGGGUGAUGGUGACGAACAAUCUGAUUCAGACAGGUAUGGAUUUGUGCUUCGCAUCGUGCUGCUGUUGGUGGUGGCGUGGAUGACUCUACUUAUUUUUAACUCUGCAUUAGUAGUUGUACCCGUUUAUCUUGGAAGGGCCAUCUUCAAUGCCAUCCCCCUUCUCCCAAUAACUCAUGGCAUCAAGUGCAAUGAUCUUUAUGCUUUCAUCAUCGGAAGCUAUGUGAUUUGGACUGCUCUAGCUGGAGCUAGGUAUUCUGUUGAGCACAUUCAAACAAGGCGGGCUGCAGUUCUGCUAAACCAAAUUUGGAAAUGGUGUGGGAUUGUUUUGAAGAGUUCCGCUCUGUUGUCUAUAUGGAUUUUUGUCAUCCCGGUGUUAAUUGGAUUGCUUUUUGAACUUUUGGUAAUUGUGCCAAUGCGGGUGCCUGUGGAUGAAAGCCCAGUAUUCCUUUUGUAUCAGGACUGGGCUUUGGGACUCAUAUUUCUUAAGAUCUGGACCAGAUUGGUAAUGCUGGAUCACAUGAUGCCCCUGGUGGAUGAAGGUUGGCGAAUAAAAUUUGAGAGGGUGAGGGAAGAUGGUUUCUCCAGGCUGCAGGGCUUUUGGGUGCUGCGGGAGAUAGUGUUCCCUAUUAUUAUGAAACUGCUUACUGCGCUGUGUGUUCCCUACGUUUUAGCUAGAGGGGUGUUUCCCGUGUUUGGGUACCCGUUAGUAGUAAACUCAGCUGUCUACAGGUUUGCUUGGUUGGGAUGCCUUGGAUUCAGCUUUUUGUGCUUUUGUGCCAAGAGAUUCCAUGUAUGGUUCACCAACCUCCACAAUUCUAUUCGUGAUGACCGUUAUUUGAUUGGUCGUAGGCUUCAUAACUACGGGGAACAUGUAAUGGAGAGACAAAACGAGGCUGAUGUGCCCUCAGAAAUGCAGAAUUCUAGUUCACGGGGACCUGGUUUUAUCCUACAUGACCGGGAAGCUGAUGUAGGAAUUAGGCUAAGGCAUGUUAAUAGACAAGAUGCCUAAUUUAAGGAACUGGUGCAAUGCCAGUUUAGGUCCCCAUUUGAGGCUGUUACGACAAUUUGUCAACAGGUUUGUAUACCCUUCAAGGGGUGUUAUGCUUUUUCACUCCUUACAUAGUUUGUGCAUAUAGUUUUGUGGGAGCUUAGUUGCCUGAAGAUAUGAACCGAUUUGUUACUGUUUGUUUAUAGAAAAGCAUAUUUUCAAUGUCAUAUUCUUGCAAAUUAAGAUGAUUUGUCGUCAUAAUGAAUUGGCUGUACAGCAAGGGCUUUGACUGAAACGUUAAGAAACAGAAGGGAUAAAGUGGGUCAGUGUUCUAUCCUAGCUUCUGAUGUCGCUUGUCUAACAUUUAUGUAGUUACUGAAGUUUCUCAUCCAUUUGUUUGUUUUCUUCUUGUUAA